GCCUGUUUAUAAUUGAACCCAAACCCCCCAAUCAAUUGAUGGAACCAAUAUUUCGAAUCCUGGAUUCCGUUUCGAAGCGAUAGUAUCUACAUGUGAAUUGCAGUGUAGAAGACACUGUGAUCACUCACUGGUCAUAUACUGGAGUGAAUAAGGUGGUGUUCUUGCAAUUAGUGCAAAUCCUUCGAACUUCAGACUGCUCCCUGGAACCCAAAAACUGAGAUACAGGAUUGUAUAAAAUAUUCUCACACUACAUUCUAUUUUCAGACCACCUAACUUCCGUCUUCUUGAUAAUGGUCAUCGUUGCAAUCGCUGGAGGGACUGGAGGAGUAGGCCGCACUAUCAUUGACGCUAUAAAAGCAUCAGGCCAGCAUGAGGCCGUCGUUUUGUCAAGAACAGCAGAUGCCGCAUCAUCCAUGAAAUAUCCAAAGCUUGCCGUGAACUACGAGAACGUUGAUGAACUUAGAAACAUUUUACAGCAAAACAACGUAGAAGUUGUGAUCUCAACGCUCCUCCUCUCCUCUGAAACGGUCGCACGAGCUCAGCUCAACCUCAUUCGUGCCGCUUCUCAAACAAGUACAGUAAAGAGGUUUAUUCCCAGCGAGUUCUACAUAGACUUCAACGUCCCGAUACCUGGCUCAUCCCACCUCGCAACACACCAAGUCGCCGCCGAAAAAGAGCUGGACUUACACCCAAACCUCACAUACACCCUCCUCCGCUGUGGCAUUUUUCUCGAUCACCUUGCAAUGCCACAUGAUCCCAAACCCACACACAUAGCUCCAUUCUGGUGUUUCGUCGAUAUGGACGCCGAGCAAUGUGUGAUCCCAGGUGAUGGCGACUAUCCACUAGUCCUCAGUCACUCAACGGAUGUAGCACAAUACAUUGAGAAACUAAUUGGUCUGCCUGCGAUAGAUUGGCCUCGUGAGAGUCUAGUGGCAUCGAACAGAAUACUUGUCAAAGACCUCCCAGGUAUUGUAGCAAGAGCAACAGGGAAAGAGUUUAAGGUUGCGGUCGACCAUGCCGAUCACAUUCGCGAGCAUCGCAUAACGCCGUUGCCUUCGAAUAAGGCAAUAUUUGAUGACCCGGACAGGGGCGAUGAGAUGCGUGAGGUAGAGUUGCAAGUUAUGUUGUCGAUGUUGAGCAGAGCGCACGAUCUGCCUGGAGAAAACCUUGGGGAGGUGUUUCCUGGCGUCAAACAAACAAACAUAGAGGAGUUUCUAAGAGCCGGAUGGGAAAUCAAGGUCGAAGGCAAGAAAGCUGAAACAUGUUAACAAAGGGUAGUGGUCUUGUCAAACACACAACGUCUUUCUUUAGUAGUGUUCAGUGUCCCACGUUUACUGGAUGGUGGUAUACACGCUGUACUUCGCACAAGCUGACGUUAUGAAUGACGCGCUAGCAACUUUCACAAUGUCAAGAUUUCUGCG